AUGUCUCAAACUGACAUGCCGGAGCCUCCCGCGGAUCCACAUCGACGGGAUGUUAUUGAUAAAUUAGCUCAGUUUGUUGCUCGAAAUGGUCCCGAGUUUGAGCGCAUGACCAUGGAAAAACAACACGGUAAUCCAGAUUUUGAAUUUCUUUCUGGGGGAGAGUUCUCGGAUUACUAUAAACACAAGGUUGAGGAAUUCAGAAUGACCGUUUCUCAUCACCCUAAUGAGGCUAUGUCACACCAACAACCAUAUCACCAUAAUGCAAUGCCACAUCAGCAAUGGGGUGGACCGCCUUUUCCAGGUCAAGGUUGGAAUGAAUGCGAUGAUAAUUGGAAUAAUCCAGGUUGGCAAUAUCCACCAACCCAAGGUAACUGGGGCCCUAAUUGGGGACCUCAAAAUGGACCUCCACCACACUGGUACAAUAAUCCAUAUCCUCCAAACUUCUAUCCUACCGGCCCUUAUCCCUCCCACCAAGGUUCCCAAUUAACAGAGGAUGAUGUAAAACGCAGUGAAAUGAAUUUGAAAGCUCAAUACGACAAGAUUAUUGGUGAAGAAUUACCCAUAGCUAUCAAACAGCGUUUGGACAGAGCUCGCAUGGAAGCAUUUAUCGCUUCCGCUGCAAGAUUGUCCUUUAACCCCGAGGAAAUUUCCGCAGCUAUUCAACCGAUAAUAGAAGCCUGUACAAAAGAGAAUAUUGCUCGUGGAAAGAAUUUUUCUGUGGAGACAAUGUCGAAAAGCGAUGGCCAUGCCAAUCUUCUUGCGGACUACCUCCUUCUGCGUGUUCAAGCUUCUGAAGCUUCAUUCGAGACACGAUUGUACAUUAUUUAUCUCAUAAAUGAUCUUCUUCACUACCUUAAACGUCAUCCAGAUACUGCUCAUUUCUUGCCACCUCUUAGUCGAGUUGUGGUUCCUAUUUAUGCGCUAGCACUUGAUUUGGCUAGUGAAGAAAAAAAGGAAAAGUUAACUCGUGUGCUCAAUCUUUGGGAAUCAAAUUCCUAUCUUACUACUGAUGUGCUGAAAAAUAUGAAGGAAGAAUCGGAUAGGAAGGCAUUUAUGGAUGCAUGGAAUGUUGAGCAAGAUCAGUUAUAUGCUGAAAAAGUUGCCCAAGUCGAGGCAGAACACCAAGCUCGUUACGAGUCUUUGAAGAAACAACACGAUGACUUUGCUGACCACGUCCGCAAGUCCCUAUCAGCUCCAUUACCAAUGGAGCCCGAUUCACGUCACUAUGGGCCACCUCUUCCACCUGGCUUUAAUAGUAGACCUCCUAGCUGGGGCCCUUCGGGUGGUUAUGAUGGCCCCCCAAUGCAGUGGCAUGGACCCCCACCCUUUAGGCCAGGCCCACAUUCCGGUCCGCCGGAUCGAUGGCGACGCGAUAUGCCCUACAACUACCCUCCAGAUGAUGAUUAUUAUGAUGGGAGACGAAGCGGUCCCCAAUAUCGAGGUGGUGGCCCUCAUAGGGAUCGAUACCGCCGAGAGGGGAGAUUUGAUGAACCACCCUCCUACUAUGAGCAGGACAGACCGUCCUAUCGUAAUCGACGUCGAUUUGAUAGUGACGGGUCUUCCGAUAACCCUCGUCCUCGUAGAAAUAGUGAAGAGGUUCAAGAAAACUGCCCCCCUCCUAUGAAGGAAGAAGACCUAGUUCCCAAGGUCCCCUUUUGGCAAUUACCUGCUGGUCUUAUGCACCCCUUGGUUAAGGCAAAAGACUUUGACUUUAUCCCUCUAGACCCAUCAAAGCUCCGAUUAUUGGCUCCUAAACCCCCUUCAGAGCAGUUAAUGCAAGCAAUAGACGCCUACUACAGUCAACCCUCUCAUGAUAGACCAAGAGAUCAAGAGGGUUGGGAGAGGUUAGGCCUCUACGAGUUUUACCGGUCGAAAGAAGAUGCUAAAAAUGGAAAGACAAGUGGGUCCGAAUCGCCGAGAGAUGAUGAUGAUUCUGACGAUCGAAAAAAUGGAUCAGAAGGGUCCCGCAAAAUGGCUUAUCUUACUGCUUAUCCUAAAUCGGCUAUUGGUCAGGCAAUUAGAACGGGACCUGUUGCCUUGAUUGGUGUUCCUCCUCCCAAUCUUCUACUACCCAAAAUGAAUGCACAAUUCGCUGCCUUAGCGGCUGCAACUGCAAUCAAUAAUGCGGAGUUGAAACAACAACAGCAACAAUUGGCGCCGCCUGUUCCGCCCACUCCCAGCAUGAUGUCACAACCACCUCCGGGGAUGGUUCCAUCCAUACCACCAACUUCAUCAUCGACGAUGAACAACAAUCAGCAACAGCUUGUUACCUCCAGACCAAGUAGAUUUACUUCAGCUGCUAUGGCUUCACCGCCUUCAACUAGAGGGGCUGGUUUCAGGAGGUCUAGAUCGAGAUCUAGGUCAUAUUCGGGGUCAAGAUCGAGGUCAAGAUCGGAUUCUAGGUCGACUAGGUCUCGCUCAAGAUCAUCUUCCAGAUCACGUACACUCUCUCGGUCAAGGUCCAGGUCGCGUUCAAGAUCCUCCAGAUCCCGCACUCGAUCACCACCUUCAGAGCGCCGAUAUCGUGACAGAUCGAGGUCACCUAGGAGUGGCAACGAGGGCUCAAUAACCACCGCGGGCUACAUGCGUCGAAAUGCUGUAGGAAGCGGUGGUGGUGACCAAAGAAAUCAUAAUAGAAGAGGUGGAAUGGGUGGAAAUAACUACGCGCAUCCUCCCUCGCAACAACAGUGGGAUUAUGAUCAUGGAGCUCUUCCACCUCCACAUAUGAUGUCACCCUAUGAUAGAAGAACGGGGCAUCCUCCACCUGGACCAAUGUACCCGCCCUUUGGUGGCGGUGGUGGCUUCCGUGGCAACAAUUAUACCGCCUCACCCCAAUCUCACCAAAUGGGCAAUGGUCCCCGCGGUGGUGGUCCCCCAUUCUACGGUGCAGGCGUUGGUGGUGGAAAUUCCUAUGGUAACCCUAAUAGACGCGGUUAUCAAGGCCGAUGA